CCGUUCCCCGGGAGAACUCGAUUCUCAGGCGCGACGGUUGUGAAGCGAUUCCCGUCGACAUGGGGAAAUCAUUUGCCAACUUCAUGUGUAAAAAGGAUUUUCAUCCGGCCUCCAAAUCCAACAUCAAAAAGGUGUGGAUGGCGGAACAAAAAAUAUCAUAUGAAAAAAAGAAACAAGAAGAACUAAUGCAACAGUAUGUAAAAGAGCAAGAAGUAUAUGAUAACAGGUUACUUAUGGGUGAUGAGCGUGUAAAGAAUGGGCUUAACUUUAUGUAUGAGGCACCUCCAGGAGUAAAGAGUGAGAACAAAGAGACAGAAGAAGGAGAAACUGAAUACAAGUUUGAAUGGCAGAAGGUUGCACCACGAGAAAAAUAUGCCAAGGAUGACAUGAACAUUAGAGAUCAGCCUUUUGGAAUCCAGGUACGGAAUGUUAGGUGCAUCAAAUGUCAUAAGUGGGGUCAUGUGAAUACAGAUCGCGAAUGUCCACUGUUUGGUCUUUCUGGAAUCAAUGCAAGCUCAGUUACCACAGAUGGUGCAGGCCCGUCAAUGCACCCUUCAGAGCUGAUGGCAGAGAUGAGAAACAGUGGAUUUGCACUGAAGCAAAAUGUAUUGGGGAGGAAUACAACUCCAAAUGACCCAUCACAGGAAUACAUAGCAAGUGAAGAUGAUGAUGAUCCUGAGGUGGAAUUUUUGAAAUCUCUUUCCACAAAACAAAAACAGAAACUUUUGAGGAAACUUGACCAUCUUGAAAGAAAGAAAAAGCGAGAAAAAAAGAAAAAGCAAAAACAGAAGAAAAACAAAGAUAAACAUAAGAAAAAAGAAAGCAGAUCAUCCACCAUCAGCUCUUUUAGCGAAAGUGAUUCUGAGACUGAGAAAAAAAGAGAGACACACAGCAAAAACAAACAUCUGAAACGGAAAAGGGACACAUCAUCGGAUGGUAAUAUCAGUUCCAAAGAACAUAUGGAGACUUACAAACAAAAAUCCAACAAAACGCAUUCAAGCAGUUAUUUCAAGCAUGAAGACAAGAAUGCAGAUGUUAACAAAAAAUCUAGCAGAAGCAGAAAUAAAAGAGACUUGAGUCACAGCGCCAGUUGGGACAGGAAGCAAAAUGAUUGAAGCAGAAGCAAUAGUAGAGAUACACAUGAAAAAACAAAAAGAAAGGACAAACAAAGUAUAAGUCACAGCAGAGAAAAGUAUAAUGAUAGGAGACAUGUGAGCAAAAGCCGGAGUGCAGAGAAAGAUUAGAUAAACAGGACAGAUAGCAAGGACCAGAUUAGAACCAUCAAUGUACACCAGCAGAUGCAAAGUAAAGACUGUGGUAAUCAGGGAAGUCAUCAUAAGGAAAGCAAUAGUAGGGAUGUGCAUUACAUAAGAACUAGAGAUAAUAAGGAUAAGAAUAAAAGGGAGGGACAUGCUUUAAGAGAUUGAACAUAAAAUUGAAGUCUUUGGCUGUUCUCUAUUCAUUUCAAAGGACUUGUAUUUUCUAUUAUCAGAUAGUUGAGACAUGCUGUAAAGACAUGGUUUAUGACAUUUUCUGAUUGUUUUAUAACUUUAUUUCACACAGUCACUAACAGUUUGAGACUUAUGUAUUCCUUGAUUACUUAAUAAAGUCUAUAACAAAA